AUGGGUUUAUUGGCUUCUAAAAAGUCCAAAGUCAAGCAAGUGCAGAUUCUCCUCCUGGGACUUGAUUCAGCAGGGAAGUCUACUCUCCUUUACAAAUUAAAGUUUGGCCAGGAUAUUAUAACCAUGCCAACAAUAGGUUUCAAUGUGGAGAUGAUCGAGCUGGAAAAGAGUUUUUCCCUUACUGUCUGGGACGUUGGCGGACAAAGCCGAAUGCGAAACCUGUGGACCUGCUACUGUGAGAAUGCAGACGGCUUGGCAUAUGUCGUGGACUGCACAGACCAACGGCGGCUGGACGACUCCAGGAGAGAGUUUGAGCACAUUCUGAAGAACGAGCACAUUAAAAAUGUGCCUGUUGUCCUGUUGGCCAACAAACAAGAUGUGCCUGAGGCUCUGACUGCUAUGGACAUCACCAGGCUGUUCAAAGUGAAGCAGCUGUGUAGUGACAGAAACUGGUACGUGCAGCCUUGCUGUGCCAUCACCGGGGAAGGGCUGGCAGAGGGCUUCAGGAAGUUAACGGGAUUUGUGAAAAGUCACAUGAAAUCAAGAGGAGAUACUUUAGCGUUUUUUAGGCAAGUCUGA